ACGCAGAGGCACGCUGUUGCUAUGGCAGUUUCGUCUUGGCUGCCGCGGAGGCAGAAAAUGAAUGAAAAUAAAGAUUCUGAUUCAAAAGAAAGUGAAGAAUACGAAGAUGACUUUGAAAAGGACCUGGAGUGGUUAAUUAAUGAAAAUGAAAAAAGUGAUGCCAGCAUAAUAGAGAUGGCUUGUGAGAAGGAAGAGAAUAUUAACCAAGACUUAAAAGAGAAUGAAACAGUAAUAGAACACACCAAACAGCUUGCUGAUCCUGACAAAUCUUUGCAGGAUGAGAUCUCACCAAGAAGAAAUGACUUCAUUUCUGUACCAAGUAGUCAACCUUCAGAUCUCAUAUCAGAUUCAGAUAGUGAAAACUCUUUCCAGGAGCUCAAAAUAGAAAGCCAGAAAGACUUGGAGGAUGAAGAGGAUGAGGAAGUGAGGAGAUAUAUUAUGGACAAAAUUGUACAAGCUAACAAGCUUCUGCAGAAUCAAGAACCUGUGAAUGAUAAAAGGGAGCGGAAACUUAAGUUCAAGGACAAAUUAGUUGAUUUGGAAGUUCCUCCGCUAGAAGACACUAAUACUUACAAAAAUUAUGUUGAAAAUGAAAGGAAUAUGUUUGGAAAACUGUCACAGUUAUGUAUUUCCAAUGAUUUUGGACAAGAAAAUGUGUUCCUGUCACUUACUAAUGGAAGCUGUGAAGAAAACAAGGAUAGGACAAUACUGGUAGAGAGAGAUGGAAAAUUUGAACUUGUGAAUUUACAAGACAUUGAGAGUCAGGGAUUUUUGCCUCCUAUUAAUAAUGCAAAUAGUACAGAAAAUGACCCUCAGCAGUUGUUACCGAGAUCUUCCAAUUCCUCUGUCAGUGGCAUCAAGAAAGAAGAUUCUGCAGCAAAGAUUCAUGCUGUCACUCACUCAUCAAUAGGAGAGCCGCUGGCUUAUAUCCCUCAGCCACCGCUCAACCGCAAGACUUGUCCAAGCUCUGCUGCCAACUCGGAUCGAAGUAAAGGGAAUGGGAAAUCUAAUCAAAGGACACAGUCUGCACAUAUCUCACCAGUGACCUCAACAUACUGUCUUUCCCCUCGACAGAAGGAACUACAAAAACAACUAGAACAAAAGAGAGAAAAGCUCAAAAGAGAGGAAGAACAACGGAAAAUAGAAGAAGAGAAAGAAAAAAAGAGAGAGAAUGACAUAGUAUUUAAAGCAUGGUUGCAAAAGAAAAGAGAACAGGUCUUAGAAAUGAGGAGAAUUCAGCGAGCAAAGCAAAUUGAAGACAUGAACAGUAGACAGGAAAACAGAGAUCCACAACAAGCUUUUCGAUUAUGGCUUAAAAAAAAACACCAAGAGCAGAUGAAAGAAAGAAAGACAGAAGAACUAAGAAGGCAAGAGGAAUGCUUAUUCUUCCUUAAAGGAACAGAAGGCCGUGAAAGGGCCUUUAAACAAUGGCUAAGAAGGAAACGGAUUGAAAAAAUAGCAGAGCAACACGCUGUCAGAGAGAGAACUAGACAGCUCCGACUAGAAGCUAAGCGUGCUAAACAGUUACAGCACCACCUAUGUAUGUCAGAAGCCAAAUCUUUUCGUUUUACUGAUUAUUAUAACUGAAAGUUUCUAUUAAACAUUUCAGUGGGAAGCUGCUACCAAAAUUUUGGAUGUAAUUUCUUAUGGUCUGUGUACUUUGGUUGUACUCUAAAUUAUGGAAAUGGUAUUUAUCUUUCAUUGACAGUAAAUUUGUUUUUUUUAAUACUAGAACAAAAUAAAUUUUUUUUCUCACAGUGUUGUAA